AUGCUGUUCCAUACGUUGCUGAGCCUCGCCGGCACCGUCUCCGCCGUCGCCGCUGCACACACGUUCCCCCGCAGACAAGCCCCCAACCCAGCCCAGAAUGUCACGACGAUCACGAGCCCGUCCGGCGUCACGAUCCGAUACAAAGAGCCUGGGAAAGAUGGUAUCUGCGAGACGACGCCCGGCGUCAAUUCGUACAGCGGGUACAUCGACAUCGCGCCGGACGUGCAUGUAUUUUUCUUUUUCUUUGAGUCGAAGAGGGAUCCUGCCAAUGACCCGGUCACGUUGUGGCUGAAUGGCGGGCCAGGGUCGGAUUCGCUGAUCGGGGCGUUUGAGGAGAUUGGGCCGUGCGAGGUGGUCGAGAAUAUGACUACGGUGCUGAGGGAUUACUCGUGGUCUGAGAUUACGAACCUUUUGUUCCUGUCCCAGCCUGUGGGCACUGGGUUCUCGUACAGCGAUUUAGAGGUAGGAUUCUUAGAUCCGACUUAUUUGAUAGUGGACUCCACCGGCGGUGCAGAUGAGAAAGAAGGCCGCUGGGCCGUCAUCGACCCUACGAAAGAAGACAACAGUCGACUCGCCGCAGUCACAGCAUGGGAGCUCCUGCAAGGUUUCUACAGCGGCCUGCCCCAACUGAACUCCGACAUCAAAUCCACAGAUUUCCACCUCUGGACCGAAUCCUUCGGCGGCCACUGGGGCCCCGCCUUCUUCACGCACUUCCACGAGCAAAACGAGAAGCUGGACCAAAACACCACCACCGGCCGGAAACUCAACAUGAAGUCCCUCGGCAUGGUCAACGCCAUCGUCGACGAGCCGACGCAGACGGAAUACCUCCUCCGCUUCACGCACGAGAACACGUACGGCCUGCAGCUGAUCAACGACACCGUCUACGACCACGGCGACUUCGCGCUGCGGCGACCCGGCGGCUGCCAGGAGAAGCUGGAUUACUGCGCGUGGUUGGAUCGCGAGUCGUUGACGCGUCGGGUGGCGUGCUCGGCGGCGCAGUUUAUCUGCCAGGCGGAUGUUGAAGGGCUGUAUUAUACGUUUGGGCUGGAGGGGAGGGGGACGUAUGAUAUUCGCGCGCGGUCCGGUGACGACGUCCCUCCGGACUACUGGCGCGCCUGGCUCAACACCGCCCCCAUCCAAGACGCGCUCGGCGUCGACCUCAACUACACAUCCAGCAACCUCAUCUACAACGCCUUCAGUCUGUCCGGCGACUUCGCGGCGCCGUACCUGCCGGACCUCGAGAAGCUGCUGGAGUGGGACGUCCAGGUUUCGCUGGUCUACGGAGACGCUGAUUACAUCUGCAACUGGCUCGGCGGUGAGGCGCUGUCGCUAGCCGCGGACUGGCCGGGCGCGGAGGACUUCCGCGAUGCCGGAUACACAGAGCUGCUGGUGGAUGGGAAGGCGUAUGGGGAGACGCGGCAGUACGGAAAGUUGAGCUUUACGAGGGUGUGGGAGGCGGGGCAUGAGGUGCCGUACUUUCAACCGGCCGCAGCCUUCCAGAUCUUCAAUCGGACCUCGUACGGAUUCGACAUCGCCACGGGAGAGGUAGAAGUGGCGCCGGACAGUUUGUACAAGACCAAUGGGACAAGCAAGACCACUCAUACAACCACGGCACCGCCUUUGCCGGCACGAACAUGA